UUUCCGUUUCAUUUCCACCACUUAAUUUCCAUAACCCAACUCCUCCUAUUCGAAACAUCAAUGGCUAUAGCCUCUUCCUCUUUUCCUCUGAUACCAUUUCAACAAAGCCGAUCGUCUUUUCUGGUCCGCACCAGAACUAAACCCAAGUCUUUCUCGAUCAUUAGAGCUGUGAAAACUGAUGUUUUUAAGGAGGAUAUUGUCAUUGUAGGUGCUGGGAUUGCUGGCCUCGCCACUGCAGUUUCUCUUCAGAGGCUUGGAAUUCGAUCCUUGGUGGUGGAGCAGGCAGAAUCACUUCGAACUGGUGGAACCUCACUUACCCUUUUCAAAAAUGGAUGGAGGGUAUUGGAUGCAAUCGGAGUUGGAAGUGAUCUCAGGAGCCAGUUUCUUGAAAUUCAAGGGAUGGUGGUGAAGUCAGAAGAUGGAAGAGAGCUUCGAUCUUUCCGGUUUAAAGAUGAAGAUGAAAGCCAAGAAGUUCGUGCAGUAGAGAGAAGAAUUCUUCUGGAGACUCUUGCCAAUCAGCUGCCAACAGAUGCUGUCCGUUUCUCUUCAGGGUUGGAAAAGAUUGAGAAAAGUGAAAGUGGAGAAACUUCCCUGAAACUAAAAGAUGGAACCCAGAUACUUGCAAAUAUUGUUAUUGGCUGUGAUGGUAUUCGAUCUCCAGUUGCCAAUUGGAUGGGAUUCUCCGAACCUAAGUAUGUCGGGCAUUGUGCAUUCCGCGGACUAGGGUUUUAUGCCAAAGGACAGCCAUUUGAACCGAGAGUGAAUUAUGUCUAUGGAAGGGGAUUACGUGCCGGAUAUGUUCCUGUUUCUCCGACCAAAGUGUACUGGUUCAUCUGCUUCAACAGCCCAUCUCCAGGUCCAAAAAUUACUGAUCCAUCUGAGUUGAAGAAACAAGCUAAGGAAUUAGUCAACAACUGGCCUCCCGAGCUGCUUAACCUGAUAGAUCUAUCCCCAGACGAAACAUUAAGCAAAACUCCUCUUGUAGAUCGUUGGCUAUGGCCAGCCAUAAGCCCUUCUGCUUCAUUGGGGAGGGUUGUGCUGGUUGGAGAUGCAUGGCACCCAAUGACUCCCAAUCUAGGACAAGGUGCUUGUUGUGCAUUGGAGGAUUCUGUAGUUCUAGCAAGAAAGCUUGCAGAUGCUAUUGCCUCUGGACCCGCUCCUAUAGAAGAAGCUUUUAGGUCAUAUGGGAGCGAAAGAUGGCCUCGUAUCUUCCCAUUAACUAUUCGUGCAAAUCUUGUUGGAUCACUGUUGCAGUGGGAGGACCCAAUUGUUUGCAGUGUUAGGAACAAUGUUGUCAUACCUAAGCUAGUCAGGCUUGGACCAAUCAUGGAACACACAAAUUUUGAAUGUGAGCCUCUGCUGAAAGCAAAUUGAUGAAACUUCAGGACAAAGAGGAGAUACAAAGGAGAAUAGGAAACCAGUGAAUCAAGAGCCCUCUAUAUGUUGUAAAUGUAAUUCGUUUUUUUUUUUUGAUAAAAUGUAAAAAUAUAUUAGAUCCCAGAGAGAGAAUAUACAUCAAUAGGAGGGGCAUUCCCCAACAAUAAUAGACACCACAAGAACAAGAAAAUCAGUAGUACAAAAGAGGAGACCAAAACAGGUAGGUCUCAAAACUCGAUAGCAAUGCUAGGGAAAAUUUUAUAUAAAAUCCGAUAAACCAUAAUCUGGAUCUUAACAAAAA